CACCCUCUCAUCAGCUUCCAUUAUUAUCACAACACACCAGUUUCAAUCGCCUGCAUUCUACAACACACACAACACCGUUUAACUUUUUCACUUUCUGGGUUGGUGGUUCGAUUUCACACUGAUAACUUGUCACUUGGAUCGCGUGGAACCGUUUGGCUGCGUUCUUAUAUAUAUUUUCCCUGCUUUCAAAUUCUAAUAGUUUGUAAUACUCUCAGUUACCAAGGGCAGGUAGAUACUUAUAAAACAUGAUGCCUGCAUACAGAAGCAUGGACUCAUACCCACACCACAGAACCCAAAUGCCAUUCCCUCAUUGUUAUCACGCUGGUCCUGAAACUUUUCCUCCUCAAUUAAGAGGAGAUCAAUCCAAAUCACCUUUUUCUUAUGAACAAUUUUGGCCCUGUGCUGGAAAUUAUGGACACCCUAUGCCGUCGCCACCGCCUUUUUGCUGUGGCCAUAACAAUUUCCCUGGUUAUUAUAGCUAUUACAGGCCUUCUCAUCAUCAUGCUCCUGUUCCACCACCAAUGUACUAUGGAGGUUGUCCUUCUGCAUAUGGUGAACCAUUCUUUGUUCCUUACACCCCUCAACCGCAUUACACUAUGGAGCAGCCUAGAUAUGAAUAUGAUAAAUGUGUGCCUAGAGAACAUCAUUGUUGUGGGUGUCCUAAUCAUCAAAGCAACCAGAAGGAAGGAAAAAGUGUGAAAAUUGAAGAGCAAGAACCUGAUGUUGAAAAGAAAGUGAAUGAUGGUCUGGUCCCAUUCUGGAAUGGAUGGUUACCCUUUGAUAUGAAGGGUGCUCCAAGCAUGGUUCAUGAUGGAGAUGGAAGAAGGAGCCUUAGCAGGGAGACUGAUAGCAAUGGAAGGGAAUGUGAAGAUGGAAGAAUGAACAAGAAACAUCAGAGUGAACCAAAGAGAUCUGAAUUCCCAUUCCCUAUCUUCUGGUUGCCUUACUACAAUAAGCAGGAGGAAGGUAGAAGGACUAACAAUCAGGAUAGCGAUUCGACACCAAAGUGCGCUGAGGAAGAACCUCAGAGACUUAAAUCUGUUCCAGUGAAGUCUCAUGUUAAUGAAGGUGUUACAAACAGGAUCAGAUCAAAUGAGGCUGAAUCCACAAACACAGGUGAUUCGGAUGCUAUAAAGAAAGUUACAAAUGAAAGAAUCAUCCCUGUGAAGCAGGUGGAAUCGCAUCAAGGGAAGAUUGACUCAGAGGGAAGUAACAAAAUGGAAGUGAACAUUCCUGUCAAUUCAAAGGAAGAAAAUGUGGUGAGUAAAGAUUCUCCCACCAGUGGCAAAAGAAGAUCCACAUCUCCACCUAAAGCAUCAAAGUUGCCUCCUGUUUGUCUGAGAGUUGAUCCACUACCAAGGAAGAAAAAUGGCAAUGGGAGUUCAAGGUCCCCAAGUCCACCUGCAUCAAAGUCAAGAGAACAUUCCCCAGCUACAUCUGGUGAAACAUCUAAGACCCCUUCAUGUGGCUUGCAACACAAGGUUCAGCCAAAUUCAAAUGUUGAGAAAGUUGAACCCAAGGAGAGAACCUUUCAGGUAUCUGGAAUUGAGACUAGAGAAAACAAGGGUGCUGAAUGUGGGGAUGGAUGUCAGGGUCAAAUAAAUUUGAACAUGGAAAGUGAAGUACCAACGAAGACAAGGGAAAGCUAUACAGAUGGUGAAAAAAGUGUGACUGAAGAUAAAAAGGAAGAGAAAGGAGCAGAAAGCAUGAUGGAAGAAGCUACUGAAUCAAAUGAAUUCAAGGGUUUAAGCACAUCAAUUGAUGAAGGUCAAAAAGAGGUUAGAGUUUUGUCGGAUGCAGAUGCUGCUGUUUUGAUACAAGCUGGUUAUCUAGUAAGAAAAUGGGAACCGUUGAAGAAAUUGAAGCAGAUAGCUGAAGUUAGUAAGGAGGUGGCUGGUGUUAGAGGCCGUGUUCAAGCUCUUGAGGACUCUUCUGAUGUUCAAAACGACAAGCAAAAAAUUGCAAUUGGAGAGACCAUAAUGGGACUCUUGCUGAAGUUGGAUACUAUACAGGGUUUGCAUCCGAGUCUCAGAGAGAUCAGAAAAUCCUUGGCGACAGAGCUUGUAACGUUGCAAGAAAGGCUUGAUUCUAUAAUGGCUAAGAAACCUCAGCAGCAGAUGCAGGGGCCUGUUAUUCAGGAACAUGUUGAAGUCGCUCCGUUGAAUAUGCAGAAUGGAGCAUAUCAGCAAGAGCAACAAGAAGAAAAAGAUGCAGUACCGGGUGGUUCAUUUGAAGCCACUAGUGAAGGAAAUCAUGAUACCUUGGAAAUAUGUCAGGACCAUUUCUGCAUGAAGGAUGGCACUGAUAAUGUCCCUUCUACCAAUGGUGAGAGUGAAUUACAAUCACCAGUUGAUCCUGCUUCAAAUGAGGGAGUAGAGCCUGAUGCACUACCAAAUGGCUUGGUUAAUAAGGAUAUCGGCUCAGUGGUUACAGUUGAUGCAGUGAGUUCUACAAAUGAUCCUUCUGAUACUGAGAAAGUGGCUGUGGAACAUGAAUCGGAGGUGAAUGACAUUCCCGUUGAUGUUGAUGCUGAUGAAUUGGAUACAUAUUCUUUGAAAGAAUUGCCUGUAGGAGUUAUUGAUGAAGAUAUCAUUGACAUUAGCUCUCGCAAGGACGAAAAAGGGACAGAAGAGGCUCAAUCAGCUGAAUGUACUACUACGAUGCUGGGUGGAAGCUUCUCAGCCAUGGUGGAUGAUCCUGCAUGUGAUGUGUUAGGCUCAGAGAACCAAGCAAUGAUGGAGCUUCCAGUGGGAUUACUUGAUGAAGAUACUGUGACAUCUGAAUUUGCAAAGGACGAUGAUACUAGUACUUUCAAAGGAGAAUUACAAGCUGAAAAUGAGGAAUAUAUUGAGAAGCUGCCAGUUGGAGUGCUCGAUGAGGAUAAAGCAAAAUUUGAAAAGGGGACAGAAGAGGCUCAAUCAGCUGAAUGUACUACUAUGGUGAUGGAUGGAAGCUUCUCAGUCAUGGUGGAUGCUACAUGUGAUGGGUUAGACUCAGAGAACCAAGCAAUGAUGGAGCUGCCACUGGGAUUACUUGAUGAGAAUAAAGUGACAUCUGAAUUUGAAAAGGAUGAUACCAGUACUUUGAAAGGGGAAGUACAAGCAGAAAACGAGGAAUAUGUUAAGGAGCUCCCAGCAGGAGUGCUUGAUGAGGAAUGUGAUGCAGGUGAGAGAACAAGAUCUAACUUUAAUGACAUCUUGCCAGAACCAGUGGAGCUUAUGCCUGUUGAUGAGUUACAGAAGGAAAAGGAACCAGAAGAAAAACUUGCACCACAGGAAAUACAAGCUCAUGAUGCUUAUGUAGACAUGGUUGCUGAGAUGACAACUGGUGUUGAUGAUAAAGAGACAGAAACAUUGGCCAAGGAGGAAACUGCAGCACCGCCCGCAUUACAAGGGGCACCUGUUGCUGAGCAUGGUGGUGAGUUAUAUGGUGAUAUGAAACUAUUAGAAGAGAAUGAAAAGUUAAGGAAGUUGAUGAAGGAGUUGCUGAAAGCUGGAAAUGAACAGUUAACUGUAAUAACAGAUUUAACUGGCAGAGUGAAGGACUUGGAGAAGAAAUUAGCCAAGCACCGGAGAAAGAGAGUGAGGACUAGGCGGGGUAGACCAACAGCUUCAAUGAAAUCGUCCAAUAGUGAAUAAAAGUUUGCAAUGUGAUCUUUUUUCUGUCUGGGAAUGUACGUUUUGUAAAUUGUGAGAUGUGGUAUUAGCCUUGUUGUACUUGUAAUGUAAAAUUGUACUGUUAUGGUAUAAAAAUAUGUUAUGUCUUGGCUUC